AUGGAUGACCACAUACCGUCCACGGCCGCGGUGAAGAGUAUGCACCGUCCGGCUGCGAUUCCGAUGGAACGCGCCAAGCGGCGAAUGCGGCGUCAAGAGGUAGAAUAUGGUUGUGCUGGCCGUUCGAGUUGUAUCGUUGUCAUUGCCAUUAUUGCGCUCAUUCUUCUUCGAUUUCUCACUUUGUAUGUCAGUAGUAAGGUUGUUGUUGGCGGUGCUGUUCUUGUUUAUGUUUUCGACGUCGGUGUAGUGCUAUGGGUUUGCGAUGCGCAACGGACUGCGGUCUGUUUGGUUGUAGUAGCGCCCUUCGGGGUGGGGAGUGAGUUGUAA